CGCUCGGCAACGUCCUCCAACGUUGAUCCCCACUUUUCGUUCGUACGAGUCAGAGAACAGAGUCAGUUUGUAGCGAGUAUUCAUCAAAUUGACUGCAUACAGAGCGUCGGCGCGAUCGGUCAGCGGUGGACGUUUCAGUGUUCCAAUAGUUUUUAUUCGAUUUAAUUUAUAGUCUUUACUAUUUUGUCUUUGGUAUUGUGAAAGUGCCCAACACUACUGUCAUUAUUUUAUGAAGUUGUAGUUGAUUUAAUUACCAUUUGUCAUUGUCGCGUCGCCUCGUCGCCUGCCUGUGCCUGUGCCUUCCAAGAAUUUCGCUUACGGACGCGUUAUUGUGUUUUAACAAUUUUGUGUUGUGAAAAAAGAAAUAGUGCAUAAAAGUUCAACAAAACUUAUCGGACAUUACCGAGUGAAUAACAGUUUUUAUGAUUCCAAAGUGCCUAUGUGAAUUAAUACAAUGUCGGAUCGUCAUUGACUUGGAAUUUGCGUUGCUGUUUUUAGUGAAUUAAUCAAACCGUGGCCUCCGGAGACGAGGCGGGUGGUACACGUAAAAGUCCACCAAAAAGUGAACACCAAAUGUGCCUGAUUGAGCGGCGGGAAACAAAACUGUCACCUCUAAACAUGACUAUAGCAGCGAGGUUACCUCUACAAUCUUCAAAUGCGUGUAUGGAAGUGGGUGUACCUCUAAACAACUGGUCCUCAGGCGUCGCUUGCUGUCCGAACUGCAGGCAUGAGCUCAGGGUAUCGCUGGCCUGUGCGAAGGCCCACUCUCACUCUAUGACCCCCGCGACACCACCGUUCAGCCUGCAGCCUGCAUACUUGCCUCACUCUCCGUACACCAUUCCUUCGUCACCUGUAUUACCAGCGCCAUACAACGAUGAACUGAGGAGGUUAGCGGACACGUUACGAGCGUUGAGGCUAUCCGGCUGGUACUAUGGGAAUUUGGAUUGGCAGGGUGCACGGAGUUUACUCAAGGAGACUAAAGUGGGCGCCUACGUGAUCAGAGACUCUGGCGACAGGAACUUCAUAUUCUCACUGUCAGUGCAAACUGACAAGGGCCCCACGUCUGUGAGACUACACUAUGAACAGGGAUUCUUUAGGUUAGACUGUGAUCGACCGCUCGCGAGGUAUAUGCCACGCUUCCGAUGCGUGGUAGAGCUAGUCCAGCAUUACACCCGGGUGGGUGAGCGCGGGCCUGCUGGAACUGUCUGGGUCGACCGGGAAGGAUGUCCUCACUCCCCCGUCCUCCUCAGGAAUCCGUUGAGGCAAUCUCCACCUACCCUCAUGCACAUGGCUCGCCUGGCGGUCCACCGGGCUCUGGACUCCAACCCCCUGACCCCCAAGCUGUGGUGUGCCCCCAAACAUAGGUUACUGCCCCUACCCCCAACGCUUGUAGACUAUCUCGGAGAGUACCCCUACUCGAUCUAACAUGAGGAUCUGUAUUUUAGUCCGCUAAUGUAGUUCAAUUGUGUCUUAGGAACUAAAUAUUUAGACAUUGAAAUUGAGCAGAAUAUUGAGACAGAGCAGCGUUAAAACAUAGUGUAAUUAAAAAAAAAACAUGACUGAAUAAAAUGUUACACAUGAUGCUAAAGAUUUAGAAAAAAAAUAUGCAUAAAAUUUUUUUGACAGUAACACUACUGUUAUUAUAAUUACACAAUUAUAAUAUAAUUAGACAAAAAUGAUAUUUGACAGUUUCAUCUUGUGUACAUAUGUAGUAAAAUUAAUGUUUUUACAUUCUUGUAAUUUUUCUGCUUCAGUGUCUCGUCUUCAAGAUAGACAGCUGUAUAAGCACAUAGUGAAGAUAUUAGGGUAUUAGACAAAAUAUUUAGCCCCUCUAUAUACCAUUGUACGGAAUUAGACAAUUGGCUUAAGACAAACAAAACAUUUAGAGUGCUGGUGUCUUCACAGUAUAGGGUGUGACCACACAUGUACGGUUUUGCAAAAUGAUAAAACAUGUCAAAGAGUUACUGUUACUGGGCAUUAAAAAACAAAUUUAAAGGAGAUGGUCCAAAAUUGUAUGGAGCCCAGGAUCAGUCAUUGUACCGUAGCGGAAAUAAAAAACCUUUUAAACUAUUUUCGAUUAUAUAAAUCUUUACUUUAAUUCUUUCGAAAUAAUAUUCAUUCUCUCCCAAGAAAUGCAACAAUAAUAUGGGUAAUAAUGGCGGAUUGUUGACGUUUUCAAUGCAAUAGUCGACUUGACGUUUGCUGACAAUUGUCAUGCCAUAGUUGCUAUAUGGGCGCCAUCUUGAUUUAUCUUGAAAACCUGGGUUUUAAUUUUAAUUAUUUCUUUUUAUUUAGUUAUUUAUUUAUAUUUUAAUAAAAUCCUUGUAUUUUUUAAAUUUUAUUGAUACGAGGUACAAGAGUGGACCUGAAAUGGACCAUCUUCUUUCUCAUUCAAUAUAUUUGCUGACCGAUAUGUGUGUUUGCACCCUUAUGUGUAGUACAAAAAAUUUCGUGUACUUUUUUUUUAUUUAUAACUGUAAACUAGUACGGGAUGCUAGGAUUGUAAAGGGCAGGCCCUUAUUUUAUUAAGUUACUAACAAUCGUUUAAUUUGUAAUAGUUAAAUUAUAACCACUGUAUUAUUUAUAAGUAUUGAAUAUGGGACUCAACUAUUAUGGUAUUUAGUAAAAUGUUUGAAAGCUUUUUCUGUUUUUGGUUAAGUGUGAACACACUGUCUGUAUAUAUAGAAAAGGGAUGUAUCUAAUGCAAGACUGAAUUCCUUAAAGAGUGUAAUGUGACCGCAGAAUCAUAGACAAAAGAAUAUUGUUUGUGGCAUUGAUGUUAUUUGCAUAGGUGGAAGGAGGUUGGUUGAGAAAUGAGGUUUGACAUAUCUGGCCAGUACCUUUAAAUCUUUAUUCCUAUUAAAAAAAUAUUUGUUUGAAGCUAUUAAUCAAUUCCUUAUAUUAUUUAUUUACAAAUCAUUAUGUUACCUAUUGUAUUUUUGACCAGCAAAAAAUAAAAGCUUAUUUAUAUAAAUAGGCUACAGUAAUAAAUUCAUUUAAGUUUAAAUUCACGAUUGUCGGCCAGACCAUAGACUACUUCGUAAUCCUCUUUAUUUACAUCUUGUUUUAAAUAUAACAUCAUUGUCGGUAUAUGUAAAAAUAUUUAUCAAUCUAUUCCAGAAAGUCUGUUUGUCUUUGCAUGCAGUGGUAUAUACUUUAUAGACUGCGUUUAUUUUCAUAAAAAUGGUUUAAGUUGUUACAAAAUGAACUAUUAGACUACUUUUCAAAUAAUCUUCCUUAAGCCGAGUGAAUGUCACUGAUCAUCGAGUCUCUGUACCUUAUGUAUUAUGUACUCAGACCAAUUACCUUCUUAUUGGACUCAUAUCGCACUUAAAUUCACCAACAAAAUUGUCUACUGUUUUUGAGGUGGAUGAGGUAAAAUAACACAUCGAAAAUAUUUAACACCAAUAAAUGUGUUUUAUUGUAUUAAAAUUACACACUAGUGUAAUUUUAAUACAAUAAAACAAUGAUUCUUUAGAUGCAAUUUGUAUAUACUCGAUAGAUCAUGAUCAUGUACUUUUGACAGAGGGGUAAAGCUUAGCGAGGCAAGUCCUACGGUAAUUGGUCUGAGGUACACCUCCAUAGUCUAACAGACUUCCUGAAGUAGACAAACUGUACUAUAAAACUGUAUAAUUUUUUUUUAUAUGUGACAAAAUAUAAAAUAUGUUGUACAAUUUGUAUUACACUGUUCGUUUCGUAAAUGCCCAAUCUUGUCCAUUAUAGUUAAGGAAGACAUCACACUAUUUUGUAUAGAGCUAUAUUUUAUUUAUUUCUCAACUAAUAUAAAUAAAUAGGCUUAACAUACACAA